AUUAUUAUUUUAUAUAGUUGUUUGUGUCAGAAAGCGUCAAUUUUCUCGUCUGGACUUGGCAGAAAGUAUCUAUAAUUCAUUGGAAUCGCAUUAAUAUUUUAGGCUUAAACCGUUUUAUUCGGUGUGGCCAUUGUAGAAAGUAUUUAAGAACAUGGAAACUUCAGGAAACGAAACGUCUGACGGAGCCAGCGAGGCCGUAACUAAUGUGACUAGCUCAUUGGAAUCUUCCGCAGUAGCUCCGAACAAAUCACCACUGGUAGAAACCGAUAAAAAUCUCGUGACUCAUGAAAGUAAGCGAGAAGACUCUUCUGUAAAGAUACCAGAAGAAGAAAAACAAGAGCGAAGUAAUGGUGAUCCCGUAAGCCCCAGUGCGAUUGUAGAAAAAAUUGGUGAAAAGGUAGGGUCGCCCCCAUCAAAGUCGCGUUCACAAAGUCCACAGGCACCAGAAUCACCAAAAGAAGUUAAUACUGUUGAGAAUGUCAAUAUUAAUAGUAAUGCAAAUAAUAAAUCAAAAAGCCGUAGUCGUAGUGCUAGUCCAUGUGAAAAGCUUGCAAUUGGUGAUGUAAGUAAAGAAAGCAAUAGAAGUAGUCGUAGUCGCAGUCGGAGUUUAAGUGCGGGAACAAAAAAUGGCGUAGGAAAAGAUGCAACCAAAAAAAUAAGAAAUGGGUCCGUCGAGCGUUCCAGAUCACGCAGUAGGUCAGUUCGUUCACAUAGUGGUUCACGGCGUUCUCGUAGCGGAUCCCAUCGUUCGCGUAGUGGUUCCGUUCACUCUAAUAAUGGUUCCCGACGUUCUCGAAGCGGAUCAAGGCGGUCUAGAAGUAGAUCAAAACAUUCACGAAGUGGUUCCCGUCGUAGUGGAUCUGUACGUUCACGAAGUGGAUCUAGACGGUCUCGCAGCGGUUCAAAUCGUUCACGCAGUGGAUCCAGACGUUCACGAAGUGGUUCAAGACGUUCGCGCAGCGGUUCAAGACGUACCCGCAGUGGUUCAAGACGAUCGCGCAGCGGUUCAAGGCGCUCGGGAAGCAGUUCUGCACGCUCUCGUAGCGGUUCUAUACGUUCACGUAGUGGAUCUAGCCGGUCGCGCAGUGGUUCAAGACGUUCGCGAAGUCGUUCAAAGCGAUCUCGCAGUGGAUCAAUGCGUUCACAUAGUGGAUCCAGACAUUCACGUAGUGGAUCAAGACGUUCACGUAGUGGAUCAAGACGUUCACGUAGUGGAUCAAGACGUUCACGUAGUGGAUCCAGGCGUUCCCGUAGUGGUUCGCGCCGCUCUCGUAGUGGAUCAGCUAGAUCUAGAAGUCGUUCAGGCAGUCGAAUUAGCCGAAGUCGCAGUCGCAGCCACUCGAAGUCAAGGUCUAGAUCACGCUCUGGAUCUGUUGCCCGCUCAAAGUCGAGAUCUGGUAGUCGUUCAAGGUCUGCCUCGCGAUCCCGUUCUAGAAGUAGUGGUUCUCGAUCACCUACAGUGAAAAAAGGAAGAAAGAGAAAUAUCUUAAGUGACUCGGAAGAUGAGGGCCCGUCGACAACAAAUAAGAGGGCUAAAAUAACGGACACAGACAACGAGGAUGAAGAAGAAAAAGACAAAGUUGCAAAAGAGGGGAAUGAAGAAGAUCUUGAGCCGAAAAAAACAGUGGACAGUUCAGAUGAUGAAAAUAUUCCUAUUGACGAUAUGAGAGAGAAUGAUAAUUUUGUAUCGGAUUUUGAUGCUAUGUUACUACGUAAGAAGGAAGAAAAGCGCGUACGCCGCCGAAAACGUGAUAUCAGCUUAAUAAAUGACAAUGAUGACCUAAUCGAUCAGUUGAUAGUUGGAAUGAAAAACGCAGCCGAUGAAGACCGACAAUUGAAUAUGGAAGGCAGCCCUGCAACAAAAAAAAUAUCAAUGCUGAAGAUGGUCAUGUCACAACUUAUUAAGAAAGAUUUGCAACUAGCCUUCUUGGAGCAUAACAUCUUGAACGUGCUUACAGACUGGUUGGCACCACUACCAAACAGAAGUUUACCUUGUGUGCAAAUACGCGAUAACAUUUUAAGGCUACUAGCAGAUUUCCCCACUAUUGACAAAAGUUACUUAAAACAGUCGGGAAUUGGAAAGGCGGUUAUGUAUUUAUAUAAACAUCCACAAGAAACUAAACCAAAUCGGGAUCGAGCUGGGCGUUUAAUAUCGGAGUGGGCUCGUCCAAUUUUUAAUUUGAGCUGCGAUUUUAAGGCGAUGUCAAAGGAAGAACGACAAGAGCGAGAUUUAGCACAAAUGCCACGACGCCAGAAGUCACCCGAACCGCAGCCAACAACAUCCUCAAACAAAAAGAGGGGCUUGAAUUCAGCUUUUACUAAAUCGAACGACGAGAAACCACUAAGGCCUGGUGAUCCAGGUUGGGUUGCGCGUGCACGAGUGCCUCUGCCGUCGAACAAAGAUUAUGUUGUACGUCCAAAAUCAACUGUUGAAGGAGAAAUUUCAUCGUCGACGAAACGAAAGCCUAAUCGCUUCGAAAAGCAUAUGAAGAAGUUUUUGGACGCAAAACGUUUGAAAUCGUCAAGACGUGCUGUUGAGAUUUCCAUUGAAGGUCGAAAAAUGGCUCUUUAGGCGCACUAUCUCUUCAUAAUAAAAUAGGUUUUAUUAAAGUGAUAGAAAAUCGGCAACAAAGAGAACAAUAUGUUGUAUGCCCUUGUAUAUUUAAUUGUACUUGUUCCCUUUCGUCUUAUCCGCAAUCCAAACCAAUAAAUUAAUUACAGACUGUCGAAUCCACCUAAAGAAAUGGCUGCAGAUAUUUGUUAAAAAUCAAAUAAGCAGUUUUUGUGGAAAUGUAUCUUAAUAGAAAUGUAUGAAUUGCGGUUCAAGUAAUUUGAAUAAAUAAAUCUAAAUUAUCUAAAU